AUGCCUCAAGCGCAACCAGAGCUGAAGAAAUAUCUUGAGAAGCGAGUGCUCGUGCAGCUCAACGGCAGCCGCAAAGUCAUGGGCAUCCUUCGUGGCUACGAUGUCUACUUGAACAUUGUCCUCGACGAAGCUCUAGAGGAGAAAGCCGGAGGAGAGAAGGUCCGCAUAGGCAUGGUGGUCAUCCGCGGCAACUCCGUCGUCAUGCUCGAGGCUCUCGAUCGCAUCAACCAGGAUGUCCCCAAGAUCGGUCGAUAG